GCCAUUACUCUGUCCUCAUUCCCAGAUGAAUGGAAAACGGCUAGAGUAAUACCUCUAUACAAAAAUGGCCAACGUAAUGUGGCAGAAAAUUACAGACCAAUUUCUGUCCUGCCAGCCAUUAGCAAAAUUAUGGAAAAAAUUCUGUAUAAUCAACUGUACAGUUACUUAUCCAAAUUUAGACUUUUAAGUGAUAGCCAAUUUGGUUUUCGAAAAUUUCAUUCUACGGCUACUGCAUUAUUAGAUUGUACAAAUGACUGGUAUGUGAAUUUAGACAGAAAAAUGUUUAACCUGGUUGUCCUAAUUGACUUAAAAAAAGCAUUUGAUACAGUCGACCAUCAAAUUUUAUUGAGGAAAUUGGAGCUGUAUGGUAUAAAAGGCCAGGCACUAUCUUUUCUCAAUUCAUAUCUCUCAAAUCGAAGUCAGAAAUGCCAAAUAAAUGGAUUUUUGUCAUCGGAGAAAGUGAUUAGAUGUGGUGUGCCACAAGGCUCUAUUUUAGGGCCAUUAUUCUUUUUAUUGUACAUCAAUGAUUUGCCCCAAUGUCUAUCAAAAACAAAACCUCGGUUAUUUGCUGAUGACACAAACCUGACAGCUUCUGGCGACUCGAUAACUCGUCUUGAAGCUGCAGUGAAUUCUGAUUUAGAAAACCUAAAAAAAUGGCUAAUUGCCAAUAAACUUAGCCUCGAUGUUGCAAAAACUGAAUUUAUGUUAAUUGGCUCAAAACAAAUGAUUAAAAGCGUUUCAAAUUUGCAGCCAAAUGUGGUAAUUGAAAACAAACAGAUUAAACAAGUGCAUGAGUGCAAAACUCUUGGUGUGACAGUCGACCAGCAUUUGUCGUGGAAAAGUAACACUGAAAAUAUUUGCAAGAAAAUAACAUCAGGAAUUUCUGCUCUUAGACGUUUAAAGGAUUUUGUUGACAGACAAACGCUUCUUUCUGUUUAUAAUGCUAUUGUUCGCCCGUACUUCGAUUACUGCUGUGAAGUAUGGGAUGUGUUCGGUGAAACACAAUCAAAACGACUUCAAAAACUCCAAAAUAGAGCUGCUCGAAUUAUCAUGAAUAUGAGCAAUGACACAGAUCAUUCUGUAGCAUUGCAAGCAUUGGGCUGGAAGACACUUAAAGUAGAAAGGAAGAAAGCCAAGGCAAAAAUGAUGUAUAAAUUAUUAAAUAACAUGGGCCCUCAAUCACUCACUAACUUAUUCACUUAUAAAAGUGAGAUGACUAGCUAUAAUCUUCGAAACGUUUCAAGUACUCUUUGUUUACCGCAACCGCGGACUAAUAAUUUGAAAAAAAGUUUUAUGUACGAUGGAUCAUUCCUUUGGAAUUCUAUUCCAAAGGAAAUUAAAGAGAGCAAAUCCCUUUCUUCUUUUCGGACGAAAAUCGCUGCUCACAUUGAUAAUUAAAGCAAAUAUAUGCAUCUGUAAAUACAUUAUUAUCUCAUAUACUUAAUAUAUUUUAUACUAUGUUUUCUAUUUUGCAAAUAGCUUUUAAAUACGUUUCAUAUUUGCUGUAUACUUCUUGUUCACACGCCCCUCGUGGAAAUCAGCUGUGGUUGACGAGGUUAGCGUGGUUAAAUAAAUCUAUCUAUCUAUCUAUCCCCAACCCCCUAGAAGUGUCUCUUGCCUUCAGCGCUGGACAUCUCCACCCCACCCCCCAAUUUUACUACCCUGGCGCCGCCACAGACUGCGUGUAGAACAUGAUAUAACCUAAAUUUGCAAAUCAUCGUUCCAGGACUUGAAGUUUAGGGAUAGCAGAUUUUAAAUUUGGAUACUGGAUAUCACAAGCAUGGUAUCCAUUGGGAUAGUUAACAAACGAAAUUUGCUCUCCACUGUACUCCACAGAGAUUUCUCUGUUGUUUAUUUCAUCACAGUAUUUACCAUUCGCUGUGUCUUUGUUUGGAGACUAAUUUACAUACCGGUAUUACUCUUUCCCAGUGAGUCUGAUUUUUUGGCAAUUGCUAUAAUAUUGACGGUCCAGACAUUUAGUGAACUAUAGAUCAGCGGGCCCUGGAAAUGGUUUGGGGCACCCCAACUUAUAUAAGGGAUUGUUUUGCAUGGAUUGUGUUAUAAACUUGUAAAUCUUUAUUGUUGAUUCUUAGCCUUACUUUCUAUUACUCAAAAUACUUUUAUUUAACAUUGUGUGACUUGUUUGAUCGUAUCAUAACAUGGUGUCAGGAUGAAUGAGGAAAGAAAUAGGCCUGGUCCAUUGAUACUGGAUGCGAAUGCCGCCGAAAAUUGGCGAAAGUUUAUUCGUGAAUUCGAAAUCCAUUUGGUGGCCAACGAGAAAAACAGAAAAUCAGAGAAGUUAAAGGUGAGCUUGUUACUGAAUUUUGCUGGUUCUCAAGCCAUUGAGGAGUAUAGCCACUUUGUGUACGACGAGGGUGAGAGUGCAGAAUGCUACAAGGAUGUAUGCCACAAGUUUAAGGAAUGGUUUGGAGGUGCUAAGAACGUAAUCUAUGAAAGGUUGGUGUUUAAUCGUCGAAAUCAGCAGGAAGGUGAGAGAAUUGAUCAUUUUGUUAGCGACCUUAAAAGACUUGCUUUAACUUGUGACUUUGACUCUCUCAAAGAUUCCCUUAUUAGAGAUCGUAUAGUGGGUGGUGUUUUGUCAGACAAUUUAAGAGGAGAACUACUUAAAAAACCUGACUUUACCCUUCAGCAAGCACAUGAUUAUUGUAGAACGUAUGAAGCAUCAGAGUCGCAGAAGCAUCAAUUUAGUUCUUCACUGGCCGCUGCAGAAAAACCUGUCCUUACACUAAGCAGCCGUGAUAAGGGUACAAAUGAUAGGUCAGAUCCUAAUGGGAGGAAACUAUCAUGUAAAUUUUGUGGUUAUAAGCAUUCAUUCUCUCAUCCAACAAGAUGCCCAGCAUUUAAAAAAAAUGUAGGAACUGUGACAAGCUAGGGCAUUUUGCAAGAAUGUGCCCAGAAAAAAAUGCAAGAAGAGACAAAAAACUAAAUUCAGUUCAACAAGAGGACCUCCCUGAUAAUAGUGAGCACGAACAAUCUAACUUGGUGCAUACAUAUUUUAAUUCAGUUGAAAUAGCCUCACUCUCGAAGGAUAACAAAAAAGAUAAGGCUAUGGUUUCGUUAAAAGUUGCUGGUAAAUAUCUAAAAAUGAAGGCUGAUACUGGGGCUGAGGCGACUGUCAUCCCAUUUAAGCUCCAUAAGGAACUACCAAAAAACCAUUGCAGAAAAUUCAUCAGCCAUUGA